GUGUCCAGUAACACAGAUGCGUUAAAACAUGCAAACCAAUUGUCUCCUAACACAUAAAUAUCCAUUAUUAUUUUUCUGUAUGGGUCAUUGUAAGAGUUAAAGCGGGUUAAAGAAAAAGGUAUGUUCAGCGGGGAAGGAGAGAGACUUGUUUUGAGAGUAGCUGAGGACUGACUGCCCAUGGUGGAUGGGCGGAGCAGGAAGCAUGCGCUGAGCUGGCAGAGUCGGGGCUAGUCUGCUGCGCGCGAGGAGAGGGAGAUCACGGGCUGGCUCGGGUCCUCUCAGACGGACGCGGGGAGACCACCUUACCAAUCACGUCUCCUUGAGGACUAAAUAGGCGAGAACAGAAAAGAGCAAGAGAAAGAGUGAGAGACAGGGAGAAAUAGAAGAAUAGAAAGCUAUAAGGACAACACCUCCGUUUGUAACCACAGGGAGUCGGCAUCUGGAAACAUAACGAGCGAAGAAGACCCCCCCCCCCCCCCCCUCGCGACAUCUCUCGGCUCUGUAUCUCCCAGCGCACCCCUCCUAUAGCCUACUCCCUGGAGAACGACCACCCAUUGAACACCCUAAUUGACCAGCGUUGCCAUUAAGCGAUGCACUUUGAAUCCAAGACGAAACCGAACGCGUAAUUUUGAUGCACAUUUAACAACCAGUGAUCAUAAUUUUCCAAAACGGAACAGUUUAGACUAUGGAUACAGUUUUGGGUGUUUAGCCUAAAUUUAACGGGUUUCUGGCGACGUGAAAUUAUCUCAUCCCCGGUAACUGACAUCAACACUAUACUUUUAUCUCCUAUUGCUUGUGGAAGAGUCUUAUCAUCUUCGUUUUAUUCCAUUUUCCAUUUUCUUUUUCAAACCAAUGGUCUGGGAACGGACCGCCUCACUCAACACAUACUAUUUCAUUUAGACGUGUCAGCCUCGUUUAGCGCUUUGAACGCGGACAACAUUACAGAAUUGCAAGGGGAAAUUGUCAUCGAGAGUAUUUUGCACAAACAUACUGAGUGGAAAGUUUGUUGCCGGAGAGGGAAUAGAUCGGAGACAUCUCGGCCAUAUCCACGGGAUUUUUCCCUAAGGUGGGAGGUCCGUGGGCUGUAGCCAUGCUGUCCCUGGACGAGCCAUUGGACCUAAUGCUCCCCCGGGGGCGUGUCAACGGGCGGGACAGGGGUGCAUGGUCACCCCCCACCCUCACCCUCUCUCCGAUACCCUUCAAGCGCGCCCGGCAGCUCCGCAUGGCUGAUGAUGGCACAGCCGUCAUAGUGCCCGCCUCCCCGGCCUCGCCACACACAGGUGUGCUGGUGGUCUCCCGGGAGAGGUCAGAGACGCCCCCCACCCCGCCGGCCGUGGACCUCAGUACGUCCCCCUCCUCCCGCCACACCUCCAGCUCCCCAGAGAUGACCAACGGGAACGCCGUCUCCCACCACAUCAUUGCAGGGGACUCAGCUCACAUCCGUUAUGUGGAGAGCAGAGCCUCCUCGCAGGCCUUCCAGUUCUUCGUGCCGAUUGGUGCUGGGGCCGGACUCCACCUGCCGUCAUCCAUGUUCAUUGGCCAGCCCAAUGACAAGCGGGCCUCUCCCGAUCUCUCAGCAGACGAACAGCUGGCCUGUCGCUGGAGGAAGUGCCAUCUUCUCUUUGAGUCCCUGCAAGACCUUGUGGACCACGUCAACGACUUCCACGUCAAACCUGAAAAGGAUUCUGGGUACUGCUGCCACUGGGACGGCUGCGCUCGCAAAGGGCGGGGCUUCAACGCUAGGUACAAGAUGCUUAUCCAUAUCCGUACACACACCAAUGAGAAGCCUCACCGCUGCCCCACCUGCAACAAGAGCUUCUCUCGCCUGGAGAACCUCAAGAUACACAACCGCUCACACACAGGUGAGAAGCCGUACAUCUGUCCAUACGAGGGCUGCAACAAGCGCUACUCCAACUCCAGCGACCGCUUCAAGCACACACGCACCCACUACGUGGACAAGCCCUACUACUGCAAGAUGGCCGGCUGCCUGAAGCGCUACACAGACCCUAGCUCCCUCCGUAAGCACAUCAAGGCCCACGGCCACUCUGUAGCCCAGGAGCAAGGCUCUCCGGGUGGGCUGAGCUCCCUGCUCAAGGUGGGUCCCCUGGGGGUGGGGAUGGGUGGAGGAGGGGGGAAGCUGGGGGAGUCGGAGCUGAGCUACAUCAGUGGGGCCCAUAUCAUCAUCCCCAGCGCCGCUGCCGCUCUCCUGGGGGGCCACGCUCUGCAGGGCCUGGCGGGCUCCAUCCCUCUAUCCCGCCUCGCCCCCCGGCCCCUGGACCUGAGCACGCUGGGGGGGUGCCCCAGCUCCCCUUGCACCACCUCCAUCCUGUCCUUCAAUGGUUCUCCUCUGAGCCUGGCCACCAAGUCGUCCCUGGGGCUCUCCCCGGCCUUCCCCUCCUCAGCCCUGGGGCUGGGGCCCACCAUGGUGCCCGUGUCCCUAGGAGGAUCCAUGGGGUCGUCCGCCUCAGAGCGCAGGGCCCACCACCACGGGUGUCACCACAAGGGGAAAAUUGGGGGGGAGGAGGGGAAGGACAAGCUUCAUCGUGGGGGGGUGCUGAACCUCUCCACGGGGGCCUCCCAUGACCCCCUGUCCUGGGUGGUCAUCCCCUCCGGCACGGUUGUGCUCAAGCCAGCUGUGGUCAACUAACACACACACACAUUCCAGAAGAGCUCAAGGGGGGCUGAGAAAACGUAGAAAAAGGUCGAAAAAAAUUGACACGUGAAAAGAAAGAAAGUCUACUUUCAGGCAACUUAAACUUAACAACAAAGUCCACACCUCAGUUUGUAAAAUUGGCUCGGACAAAAAAAUGUUUUAUUCAUAAGAGAAAUGUAAACUGAGGUAUCUGGUACUGCUAUCUUUGCAUUUAUCUAGCACAUUUUGGGACCAUCAACAACUCAUAAAUACAUUUCAAUCAUGUGUAAUCUUGUAUUAUUUCAUAAGGCUUGCAACAGUGGCCCUCCUCACCUCUUCACCACAUUCUCUGUCUCUGGCUUUUCUCACUUACGUUACCUUUGUUGAAAACGACAGUCUUCUAAUGCUCUGUGUCCUUGCUCAAGCUCCACCUCAUGUGUAUGUAUUGAUAAUGUUCAUGUUGACAGUGUGCUCUGUGGCCUAGCAGUGAGGUAGACACACAAAUGAAACAGUAGGAGGCGCUCACUGCUAGGCUAGCAACACACAGUACGUCCCCAUUCCGCUGCUUUAAAGGUUACAGAAACUACUUCCUACAAAGUGCUGUGAACACAAUUGGACAAACUUCCUGUUUUAUCGGAAGUGAAGUCAAACUGAUUUAGAAGAGGAUUACGGUUUAAUUGACUGCAUCUCCUUACUUUAAACAGUAGGGCGGUGCUAUUGGAUGUCAAUCAGAGUGCCAUCCACAGGAGCACACGCAUUAUUUGAUGAUGUGUAUGUCAAUCAGAAUGACAUCCAACCAAGGAGCACACAACCCCCUUUUAGUCAGUACAUCAACCCAGGCUAUAGUGAUAUAAACCUCACAACUGCUGCUAACCUCUCAACAACUCUCCUCAAACAUAACUGAAACUAAACGUGAGCACUUUGAUGACUAUUUUUGACAAUCUUUUCCCGAUUCGGGGAAGGUGACCAUCGUGGACCAGCCCUUUCCACAAUGACAUGUGACGGGCUUGUUGUUGCAAACUAGGGGCUUGUGUAAGAACGCAGAGCAACUAAAGUCUUAGAAGGCAGACAAACGGUGUUAUAUCACCCAGCAAAUGACCAAUAUUCUUCUUAUUUUUCUUCUCGGUAACGUCAAUGGCACAGGUGUUGUUAUGUACCCCCUGGAGGACAGGUGAAUUACUCCGGUCAGUCAGCCUCCCAGUCCCAUUCUACCAGUCCAAUCUAUUAUUGUCUUGUCUAUUAUUGUAUACUCUACUUGUCAAUAACACAGUGAGUUAAGUACUGAGUAUGAAAGGUCCACUGUUUAAGUAACACACUCUGUUGUGGAACAGUGUUUGAAAUGACCUUUCAUUAAAACCAGCUGUGUAAAACAGGUGGCUGUCCAGUGAAGAGUCCUGAGUCCUUGUGGAGUUGGCUGUUGGUUGCUUUGUUCCUAGUUCAACAGUCCCACAUUGUGACAAAAAAUAUCCACCCUUGAGGGUAGACUGGGAGCUGUGUAUCCUGAACCACAGGGUGUGUGACACAUUAAUGGCUGAUUGACACUAUAGGGCUGACUCUAACCGUACCGUGCUGGCUCGGAUUUUCUUUUCACAUUGUUCUGUUAAGCAUGGUUCCAGCAUCAUGGCGUAACCAGGCCAGGCUGCCACAGUUAGGCAUGGUUUGGCCCGCGGUGUGAAUCAGGCUUUACUGCUACGUAGAGCUGGGCUGGUCACAGAACCACAGCCACACUAGAAACUGCAUCACUUCACUUUUCCAAGGAAGUGGGGUUAAUUCGCAGACUUCUAGAACAAUUUACUUAUGUUAGAAUCCGUAUGGUUUGAUUGAUGCAUUCAAAAUGCACUUAUACCGUACACACCAAUGUCUUUGUUACGUUUUACAAAACAUGGAACUGCCAACUUGUACUUGUGGCUCUCUGGAAACAUUUUGUCUUUCUCUUUCCAUCUUCACUACCUUGGUUUUCCCUUCAUUUACGCUCAGGCUUGAAACGGCCACCUUUCUCUGUGGACUCUGGGGUCCUUCCACAAGCUGGCAUCGCAGAGAUAUGAUGUAUGUAGAAUGUUGAGUGAACCAUGUUAUGUGGGUAUAGGAGGGGAGGUGAGCAUCUCAACACAAGAAACAUUGCCCUGAAGAGCCAAAUACCCCUCCCCCUCUACUCACUCUCUCUCCAUCUUUCUUUAAAGGUCUUACAUUUCCAUUUUCCAUGACGGUAUGUCCAUACUUUAUUUUCCAUGACGACAUGUCCAUACUUUAUUUUCCAUGACGGUAUGUCCAUACUUUAUUUUCCAUGACGGCAUGUCCAUACUUUAUUUUCCAUGACGGCAUGUCCAUACUUUAUUUUCCAUGACGGCAUGUCCAUACUUUAUUUUCCAUGACGGUAUGUCCAUACUUUAUUUUCCAUGACGGCAUGUCCAUACUUUAUUUUCCAUGACGGCAUGUCCAUACUUUAUUUUCCAUGACGGCAUGUCCAUACUUUAUUUUCCAUGACGGCAUGUCCAUACUUUAUUUUCCAUGACGGCAUGUCCAUACUUUAUUUUCCAUGACGGCAUGUCCAUACUUUAUUUUCCAUGACGGCAUGUCCAUACUUUAUUUUCCAUGACGGCAUGUCCAUACUUUAUUUUCCAUGACGGCAUGUCCAUUGUUUUGAGAAUAAUUACAGUUAUGGUUGUUUUUGUUAGUCAUUUGUUUGUUGUUUUGUCAUGGAUGUUCAGACGAGACAUUUUGUGAUGUUGAAGCUUGGUGUUAUAUUUCUUGUGAUGGCUGCUCUGUAACUCAGCGUUCUCCCUGGGCUGGCCCGGGAUAUGGAGGGGUUGUAGGGAUGAUUCUCCUUCCUGUCCUGAACAGGGUUGUGUUCAUUAGGACAUGCAACAGAAAACAGAAAAACAUGUUUUGCAAUGGAAAAGUAGCGUUUCUGAGCGUUGGACACAUCCACAUAGUCCCUUCCUUUCCGUCCGUUUGGUGCCUAAUGAACACGACCCAGGUGAGGGGUCAGGGGAUGGACAAUUUAUAAUAAUACUAAUAAGAUAUAAUCCUCACUGACAAUCACACAGUUAUAGAAGAGGCCCUGUACAGAUCCUCACUCUGUGGAGAGUGUGCAUACUCUCUGAGUCCAUCUAUUGGCAGGGUUUACCUCCAGACCCACACACUCUCUGAGUCCAUCUAUUGACAGGGUUUACCUCCAGACCCACACACUCUCUGAGUCCAUCUAUUGGCAGGGUUUACCUCCAGACCCACACACUCUCUGAGUCCAUCUAUUGACAGGGUUUACCUCCAGACCCACACACUCUCUGAGUCCAUCUAUUGACAGGGUUUACCUCCAGACCCACACACCCUCUGAGUCCAUCUAUUGACAGGGUUUACCUCCAGACACAUACACUCUCUGAGUCCAUCUAUUGACAGGGUUUACCUCCAGACCCACACACUCUCUGAGUCCAUCUAUUGACAGGGUUUACCUCCAGACCCACACACCCUCUGAGUCCAUCUAUUGACAGGGUUUACCUCCAGACACAUACACUCUCUGAGUCCAUCUAUUGACAGGGUUUACCUCCAGACCCACACACUCUCUGAGUCCAUCUAUUGACAGGGUUUACCUCCAGACCCACACACUCUCUGAGUCCAUCUAUUGACAGGGUUUACCUCCAGACCCACACACCCUCUGAGUCCAUCUAUUGACAGGGUUUACCUCCAGACACAUACACUCUCUGAGUCCAUCUAUUGACAGGGUUUACCUCCAGACCCACACACUCUCUGAGUCCAUCUAUUGACAGGGUUUACCUCCAGACCCACACACUCUCUGAGUCCAUCUAUUGACAGGGUUGACCUCCAGACCCACACACUCUCUGAGUCCAUCUAUUGACAGGGUUUACCUCCAGACCCACACACUCUUUGAGUCCAUCUAUUGACAGGGUUUACCUCCAGACCCACACACUCUCUGAGUCCAUCUAUUGGCAGGGUUUACCUCCAGACCCACACACUCUCUGAAUCCAUCUAUUGGCAGGGUUUACCUCCAGACCCACACACUCUCUGAGUCCAUCUAUUGGCAGGGUUUACCUCCAGACCCACACACCCUCUGAGUCCAUCUAUUGGCAGGGUUUACCUCCAGACCCACACACUCUCUGAGUCCAUCUAUUGGCAGGGUUUACCUCCAGACCCACACACUCUCUGAGUCCAUCUAUUGACAGGGUUGACCUCCAGACCCACACGCUCUCUGAGUCCAUCUAUUGACAGGGUUUACCUCCAGACCCACACACUCUCUGAGUCCAUCUAUUGACAGGGUUGACCUCCAGACCCACACACUCUCUGAGUCCAUCUAUUGGCAGGGUUGACCUCCAGACCCACACACUCUCUGAGUCCAUCUAUUGACAGGGUUUACCUCCAGACCCAUACACUCUCUGAGUCCAUCUAUUGACAGGGUUUACCUCCAGACCCACACACCCUCUGAGUCCAUCUAUUGACAUAGAGGGCAUCUGUUAGGGAUUGGGUUUAGCAGACCUAGGGCUAGGCUAGACGAAGGGUUUAACAGACCUAGGGCUAGGCUAGACGAAGGGUUUAGCAGACCUAGGGCUAGGCUAGACGAAGGGUUUAACAGACCUAGGGCUAGGCUAGACGAAGGGUUUAGCAGACCUAGGGCUAGGCUAGACGAAGGGUUUAACAGACCUAGGGCUAGGCUAGACGAAGGGUUUAGCAGACCUAGGGCUUGGCUAGACGAAGGGUUUAACAGACCUAGGGCUAGGCUAGACGAAGGGUUUAGCAGACCUAGGGCUAGGCUAGACGAAGGGUUUAACAGACCUAGGGCUAGGCUAGACGAAGGGUUUAACAGACCUAGGGCUAGGCUAGACGAAGGGUUUAACAGACCUAGGGCUAGGCUAGACGAAGGGUUUAACAGACCUAGGGCUAGGCUAGACGAAGGGUUUAACAGACCUAGGGCUAGGCUAGACGAAGGGUUUAACAGACCUAGGGCUAGGCUAGACGAAGGGUUUAACAGACCUAGGGCUAGGCUAGACGAAGGGUUAAGUAGACCUAGGGCUAGGCUAGACGAAGGGUUUAACAGACCUAGGGCUAGGCUAGACGAAGGGUUUACCAGACCUAGGGCUAGGCUAGACUAAGGGUGUAACAGACCUAGGUUUAGAGGAAGGGAUCCUCAUGACAACAUCAACUGAACGAAUUACAAUCUGAACAUCUAAAAUGGUGGGUAGCCUGGAGAGGAGGGGGGGGGGGUGAAUGGAGAAAUGAAUGAACAGGGUAGAGAGAGCGCAUCCCACCCUCACCAGGGCCUCUCGUCUCUGAAGUCAGUGCCCACCCCGUUUCUCUCUCCUCUCCCUGCCUGAUGCUGCCAGCCAGCAGGGAAACUAGGUCACUGAACUCUGUCUGCUCUCUGUUUUUUGUAUAUAAAUUAAAGCCAAAAGGCUGAACUCUCUCACUCCCUCUAGCCGGUCAGCGGUCGCCACAAAGCUUUUCACCAGAGGAGGGUUAGAGUAAAAAACACACACACACAGGCAGGCACACACACACACAAACAGGCACACACACACACACACACAAACAGGCAGGCACACACACAUACAGGCAGGCAGGCACACACACAAACAGGCACGUAUGCAGACAGACAGGGUAAAACACUAAAACAUGCAUGCGCGCCCUCACACACACAGUAAACAAACCCAAAUAUCCAGUAUAAUCCUCUCUGGCUAAAUAUGUUUGGGGUUUUUAAGGAGUGGGUCAAAAUAAGUCAUGUUGCGCCGGAGGCUGCAGUGCUAUCUCUGACAAGCCAAGGGAGGAUUUGUGCUGAGCAGAUUCACUGCAUAUUUCUAUUUCUGCCUCGACCACUCUUAAUCACUGUGGUCACACACACGGAGAGCUCCACACAUGUACACACUCUCUAGCCUCCUCUUUGGUGGCCAGUAUUUCUAUCUCCCUCCAGGCAGGCUUGGUAGAAGCAAACCACCUCCAUGUCAGUGGACCGACCUCCAGUGUGAUUUCAGAGUCAGAUGAUGUCACCAGUAACAGGUGUUAAGUAGGCUAGGUUUCCCUGGCAACAGUGGAAUCCUCAGACAUGACUGUUCUCCCCAGUCCAAUCCCCUCUGUCCUUUCAUCCCUUCAUCUCUCUCUCCUCCUCUGUCUCUCUUGCUCAUUGAAGCCAGAGAGAGAGAGAGGAGUGUUCUGGUAGCCUGGUCCCAGAUCUGUUAGUUCAGUCUGGCGAAUUCAUGACAAUGACAAUAAGAGUUGACAAGACAGCACAAGCAGAUCUGGGACCAGGCUAGGGUUCUAGGCUGCUGGGUGGAGAAAGCUGAAAUUGACACGGAUCCUAUUCCAGGUUCCACAUAUUUCAAUAUAAAAAUAAGCUGUUUGAAUCAUUAACCCUUUGGGCACGUUCUGUCAUGUAAUGUUCUGCACUUUUGUCUUCCCCAGGAGUCUUUAUAUUAUAGGGGAUAUGCCAAUUGCCAACAGUUGAAAAUGUCAAAUGUAUAAGUCAAUUCAUUCUCAGUGGGUUGAUAUGGUUCUGUAAUUUGCUGGUUUUGAGGACCAAAACAAUAACUUUUAUGUUGGAUUUAUGUUUUCUUUUUUAGAAUUAACCCCUAUCUGUCAUAGUUGAAAAGAAGCGGUACUUUUUCCUGAAAGGGUUAAAAACAAAAAGCUAUUUGACGCCAAUGAAUAAUUAAGCUAUAACGAGAGUCACAGUAUGUGCUUAACACAGGAAAAUUUGGGGCACUAAAUUGUGAUAGCUAGCAAUAUUAGUGCCACUUACAAGGGAUGCCAUUCAUUGACUGAAGUGCCACAGCAGUGCGCAAAGGGUUAAUUCAAGACUAAGGCCACGAGAGUUAUUUUUUGCACAUUUUUUGAGAUAUUUUAAAUGUCAGUAUUUUAAAACAUAUUCCAAGUGCCUUUUAUUAUAAGUGAAAAUAUAGAAGAUAUAAAAAUAUAUGAAAAAUGAAAUAUAUAUGAAUAUAUAUUUUUUCCUGGCAUCGUGUUCUCGAGGUUCUUGAACAUGCUUCAUUUUAGAGUUGUAAAAGUCUCCAAUUGGUACAACAUAGCUGUGUGCUUCUGUUUUAGAGGAAUUUUAUUACGAUAAUGUCAAUGGAAAGAAAAUGUUUAAUAAAAUCGCAUUUGAUACAA